AUGUGGCAGAAUACUGACCGAACCCGAAAUAUUGGUAUCAUCGCUCAUAUUGAUGCGGGCAAAACAACCACUACGGAGCGUAUGCUCUACUACAGCGGCCAUACGCGCAGAAUUGGUGACGUCGACGAAGGUUCAACAGUAACAGAUUUCUUGCCUGCUGAACGUGCAAGAGGCAUCACUAUUCAGUCGGCUGCCAUUACGUUCAACUGGCCGCCACAGGUGGAUUCUGCAGAGGAUGUCAAGACCGCUGAAGCCGUUGCAAGUCAAUCUCUACCUCGAUCCACUCUAUCUCAUCGCAUCAACUUGAUUGACACACCUGGACAUGCAGACUUUACUUUCGAAGUUCGACGAUCUUUGCGCAUCCUAGAUGGGGCUGUUUGUGUUCUCGAUGGCGUUGCUGGAGUCGAAGCUCAAACCGAGCAGGUAUGGAACCAAGCUGCGGAUUGGAAGAUCCCUCGUAUUGCAUAUGUCAACAAACUAGACCGCGACGGUGCUGCUUUCGGACAAACCGUGCGAGAAAUUGGCGUUCGCCUUGGUGGUUGGCCCGCUUUGUGUCAAAUACCUUGGUUCGAAGGAGGUAGAGGCAAUUUCUGUGGUGUAGUAGAUGUCGUUAAUCUAGUUGGCUUGAAAUAUGCCUCUGGUGGUGAUGGGAAGUCUAUCACCACUUACAACAUGACGCAUUUAGAGGCAGAAGAACCAGCCUUGGCGCAAGAACUACGGAAAGCACGAGCUGCACUGGUAGAAGUGCUCAGCGAACAUGAUGACGCCAUGGUUGAGGCUUUUCUCGACGCUGAGGAAGACCAUCUGGCCAUUACCCCUGCACAAAUCCUAUCCUGUAUACGCCAGUGUCUCAACGCAGGUGACGGCAAGGUCAUUCCAGUCUUUGCUGGUGCGAGCUUUCGCAAUAUUGGUGUUCAGCCUGUUUUAGAUGCAGUCAACAACAUGCUGCCUAGCCCUGCUGAAAGACCUCAAGCAGAGGUCAGUAUCGGUGCAACGACGGGAUAUCUUGACGAUCUGCUUGCUGGGAGAAUGAUCGUGCACAGCUCUACGAAAUCCAAAUCAAGCAGGCAAGCCGUAGUUCCAGUUGUGGGGAUCGACAAGACGCUGAAAGGUUGUGCCUUGGCUUUCAAAGUGGUCAACGAUUCUCGAAAGGGAAUGCUAGUUUAUAUUCGUGUGUAUUCUGGCACCAUCGAGCGUAACGCCUUGCUAUAUAACACAAAUCUUAAGCAGUCUGAGAGAGCGACAAAUCUGCUUAGAAUGUACGCGAACGAAUCAGUCCCAGUACAGUCUCUGGAAGCUGGGCAGAUAGGCGUGAUAGCAGGCUCGAAGUAUGCAAGAACAGGUGAUACGCUGAUAUCUUGCGCUACAAACAAGGCAGUACCCCCCUCUCCUCUGGACCAGCUGCAACUACGGCCUAUUCAUGUGCCCCCUCCUGUGUUCUUUGCGAGCAUUGAGCCAAACAGCUUAAAGGACGAAAAAGAUAUGCACGACAAGCUCAACCUCUUAUUACGAGAAGACCCGAGUUUACACGUUACACAGGACGAGGACACUGGCCAGACCCUGAUCAGUGGAAUGGGUGAACUACAUCUUGAGAUUGCUAGAGACCGACUUGUUGGCGAUUUGAAAGCGAAUGCUACGAUGGGGAAGAUUGCGAUCGGUUAUCGCGAAACUGUCACACAAAUCUCAAGAUCAAAUUCGAAAAUCUUUGACUCCUCGGCAAGAGGAGAUGCGAAAGGGAAGGCAGGAUGCACUGCUGCGGUAGAGCCGUACAGGUCUCGGACAUUGACGGACGAACACUCUGACUACGCUCUCCAGCACGAACAGGAUGGAAACCUAGUCAUCGUGGAAGCUCCCACACUCGAUAGAAAAGGACGACCAUUAGAUGAUGAUUGUGCGUCUCUGCCUGGUCAUCUUACACUUAGUGAAGUACAAAGCGCAUUCACGAAUGGUGCACUGGCUGCGUUGGCACGAGGACCUGGCUUCUCUUAUCCGAUGCGUAACGUUCAAGUCACACUCACGCUCGAUCCGGCCAAACACAUCUUCGGUAGCGACACAUCUUAUGCAUCCUUAACAGCAGCAGCUCGACUCGCGACUAUUGCAGCUUUCCGAGAAGUGUCGUCGAUGGGUGGGAUUGCAAUCAUGGAACCUGUGAUGAACGUGGACAUUGGAGCAGACGACGCCAGCAUCGGCAGCAUCAUCCAGGAUAUCUCAUCGAGUCGAGGAGGUCAAAUUGUAUCGCUAGGUGACAACGAGGAAGCGGAGGCUAAUGCACAAGCGUUUCCACGAGAAAUUGACGUAAGCAGAAUUUAUGCGCCCAAAGAUCCUUUCGAAUUUGGCAGCUCGGCCGGAUUAGACCAACAGGUAAACAAGCAGAGAUCGAUCAAGGCGAAAGUGCCUCUGAAAGAGAUGAUUGGCUAUCUGAAGCAUUUGAGGAGCAUGACUGGCGGUAGAGGUACCUUUACCAUGUCAGUCGAUAGAUUCGAGAGAAUGACAGGACAAAGAGAAAAGGCGUUGAUAGCAGAGCUACGAGGUGGAGCGUGA